AGUGAAUGGCUGUCCUUAUUACACACCACUCUAUCCUCAAACCACAACUCCUCUCCUUAACCAGCCACCUCUAAGUCUUUCUCUCUGCUUGCAGUUGUGCAAUGGCAACCUUGCAGUCUUCACUUGCAUUCUCCUCUCCAGCCUCCCACUGUCUCCAGCAAUCACGCUCUCAUUCUGGGUUGUUAUCUUGGGCGGUUCGUAGAAGUGCAGAGUCCACAUUCAAUGGCCAGUCUUUGCGCAUUUCUCGGCCCCAAUGGGCGCCACUAAGGCGGUCUAGUCAAGCAUCUAGAUCCAUCACAAUGAUGGCAAAACCAAAAAUUCAGUUUAUCCAAGGAACUGAUGAGCAGACAAUACCAGAUGUGAGGCUAACCAAAUCAAAAGAUGGUACCAAUGGCGUGGCUAUAUUCAGGUUUGAGCAGCCUUCUGUUUUCGACUCAUCUGGCGAAUUUGGUGAUAUCACUGGCUUUUACAUGAUUGAUGAAGAAGGGGUCAUUUCAUCUGUUGAUGUUAACGCAAAAUUUGUCAACGGAAAGCCUGCAGGAAUUGAAGCAAAGUAUAUAAUGCGGACACCAAGAGAAUGGGACAGAUUCAUGAGAUUCAUGGAGCGCUAUGCUAAUGACAAUGGCUUGAGUUUCAUUAAAAAAUGAGGCAAUGUAUAUCAGAAUCUGUUAUCUUGCUCUUCCAUGGCAUCUUAGCAGUGCUGGCCUUUUUCGAAGUCAAAUGAACCUCGAGAAUCAUAGUCCAUCAAUGUAGCUUGAUGUAAGUACACCAUGUUCCUUCUGAUUCAACCAAUUUUUCUGUUAUUAAGAUGUAUGCCAGUCUUCUGCAUUCGAGUUAAAGAGGUGAGAUAGUUUAUGUUUCAAAGCCUUCUUUCUUUUGAUUACUCUACUGUAAUUUGAGGAAAUGAUACAAUGAUGGCGACAGGUUAAAUGAGUCAUUCAAUGUAUUUGAUCAUUUAGUUUCA